CUUACUAAUCUCGCACUAAAAAUAGGCGGUUCCAAAAAUUUGUCUCAUAUCUCCUACCCUUCUUUUUCUUUGUCAAAAACAAACCUUUUUGAUAAAAGGAAUUUAAAAGUUUGAAAAAUUUGAAGUGGUUGCUACGGAUACUGUAGUUGUUUGGUUAAUAAAUUGACCUUUUUGGCGAACUACUAAUUAAAAUGUCUAAAGCUACAACGAUUAAAGAUGCUCUUAAACGAUGGGAAGAACGAUUUCCUGAUAAAGAUAUUACCGAAGCCACAGAAGUGGGAUUACAAUUCCAGUGGCCACCAAUAGAAAAGAUGGACAAUUCGUUAGGAGUUCUAAAUAAUUGUCAAAAACUGAGCUUAUCUACAAAUAUGAUCGAGAAAAUAGCUGGUGUUAGCACACUAAAAAAUCUAAAAAUACUGGCCCUGGGUAGGAACUAUAUUAAAAACUUUGUCGGAUUGGAAGGCAUCGGAGAUACUUUGGAAGAAUUGUGGGUGUCUUAUAAUUUAAUUGAAAAGCUUAAAGGAAUAGACGUUUUAAAAAAUUUAAAAGUUCUUUAUAUUAGCAAUAACUUAAUAAAAGAAUGGGCUGAAUUUAACAAGCUUCAGCAGUUGCCCAAAUUAGAAGAUUUGCUAUUUUGUGGUAAUCCAUUGUAUGAAAAUAUGGACGAAACAGCUUGGAAAAAUUCGGCAAUUAAUAAAUUACCUCAUCUGAAGAAGCUAGAAGGAGAGCCAGUAUUACGCGAUGAAGAAUAAAAGUAAAGAUUUUUUUGGA